CACAUUUCUCUCAUUUCCGUACUUUCUUAGAUUUUUCACUCGCAAUCAGUUCGGAAUCAGUCAACUAAUAUUGUCAGUAGACAAGCGUAAUUUGAAACUUUCAUUUCAGUUAUUUGUGCUAAAAUUCUCGUACCCUUGUUGCGGUAAGUUCCGAUUUCUCUCUGCAGACUGCCGUCAAUACAUAAUGCAAGAUGUUGAAAGCGCUCAUUAGCAACUGUCAGCCGAAUUCUUUCACUUUGAUCGAAGAUUCUGUGGAUGUAAGUGGCAAAUUCUUACUGAAAGAAUUUAUAGAAGCCAGUAAAACUCAAUCCCAAAAAACUUUAGUGCUUUGCUUUGACAAAUUAGGCUCAUUAUUGAAAAGAGAUUUGAAUAUAGAGCUACAAACAGCAGAAUUUAUUGAUUGCUGCUUCAAUUACCAUGAAUCGCUAAGCGGUCUCAACAAACCUCUUAGAUCAAUACUGGAAUCCCAUGUAUCUUUUGAUGAGAAGGUGACCAUCAUCAUAGACUCACUGACCUCACUGUAUUACAAUAAUGGUCUCCAGGAUACAUAUAGGUGCCUUCAUAGUUUGCUUACAAAGCCAAUCAAAAAAGGGACGCAGUUAAUGCAGCUGGUAGCAGUUGUCCAUUCUGAUACAUUACCUGAUACCAAAAGCAUAUCAACCUUAAGUCACCUUGCCUCCACCGAAAUACUUUUGGUUCCAACCAACCUAGUCAACCGGCGACACUUAUUUAUCAAACAUGCGAAAAAGAAUGGGAAGAUAGUUAAACAGGAGGAAUAUUGUUGGUAUGACAAAAGCGGAGUGCUUCUAAGCGAAGAAAAGAAAACAGUCAGCAAAGUCGAAGAUGCCAUCGAUCCAAAUGGCCUUACAACAUUUAGACUGAGUUUAGAAGAGACGGAGAUUAAAGCACGCAGUGAACUUAGACUACCUUAUGUGAAAACAAGUGAAGAUGGUGAUACUGGCGGAAAAAUAUUUUACACUCCAGACGAUAAUGAUGACUGGGAUGAAGAAGAUCCAGAUGAUGAUCUUGACAUAUGAGAACAAUUGGAGGAUCUAAGUAUACAUUAAACAAGAUAUCAAAAAAAAAAUUUGGUGGACAGCUGCAACACCUUCGACAGUGUUUGAAACUUUCUUUUGAGUUUCAGGAGCCAUGUGGCGCAUCAAGCUUGAUUUUUAAGGGCCAUCGAAGAUUUUUUAGGGGCCAAAUUCACUUUUUGCCUAUGUAUCACAGCACAUUUAGUGAAAAGUUGGACGCAAGAUGGUUUCGUUGCAGAACCAGUAGCUGUACCUCGGGGGAAAUUUCGAAAAAUCACCAAAUAUAAAAAUUAGGAAAUUUUUUUUCUUUUUUUUUUGGGGGGGGGGGUAAUUUUUUAGGGGCCACGUUGGCACAGAGCCUUCAAUUUUUAGGCAUCAUGACCAAUUGCUUAGGUGCAUUUGGCGCCUGUGAAUUGCGAACACUGAUCUUUGAUGGCUAAAGUAAAAAAAUGCCUAUCUCUGAUCGCCUAACCUAUUGCCAUAUAGCAAGUCUCCCCUUCUGAUUAAUUUUUUUUCCCCCCUUAAAAUACUCAGUAAGUUAUUUAUACCCAUUCCAAAGUAUUCUUAAGAAAUUCAAUGCAAGUUUUCUCUGAAAAAAGUAGAACCUGAUUGGAGUUUUUCGAACAUUGCUAUUGAAAUCUGAAUUUUCGGACUUUAGCUGUCAAUAUGGUACUUGUGUCAUUAAUAUCCUGACAGAAUGCAGUUCUUGCCUCAAAAGAGGUACCAAUAUGCCGUCAUUCACUUUCAUCCACUAUGGUUUUUCAAUAUCUGUGAUUUUAGACUCUGGCUUUUUGAUUACAUUAAACCUGAUUUUCUCAGAUUCUU